AUGGUAAGCUCGAAUCUGCAUCUAAACUCAGCUGCUAAAUCAUCGCCCCUUGACAGUAUUGACGUCAAUCACUUCUCGGAUAAUCCAUUUUUAAUCGUUCCUACUACCGAAGAGAGGCCAACGGCGGUCGGAGAUAUUCCAAGUGGAAAAUAUCUCGCCGGUUACACGAACAUCAGUGAAAAAGAACGUCAACAAAUUUUAAGCAGGCUGAUCCGCGUACAGAUGAUGAAGUAUGCGUUGAAGAAGUUUCAAGUUACGCACACGCGUCUCGACGUUCGACGGCAAGUUCACAUGAGCGUACCAUCUACUGCCACCGACUUAGAUUCGAAGAAAGCGAGAGACCUCGUUGACAGAUACCAACACGAACCGACGAAUAUCGAUCUUCUCAUUCAUGUGUACACACUGCAAACAUCAUUGUAUGGCGCACUUCAGAGCGACUGUGCUUCAUACGCAAUUGAGUUCUACAGAAACCUCGGAAUCUUGAGAGACCGUGCUUACAAGGGACAAUCAUUUCGCGGUUUAAUACUGUGGGCGGUUUUAGGUUGCAGUUACUAUUAGGGACUCCUAUCCUGACUCCCAACUCAAGGCCUGAGAGAGAAAACAUUUGAACUAAGAGAAAUAUAGUUAAGCAAAUAGUUGCCGUAUUAAUUGUUUUGGCUACAUAAGUGGUAAAAUGUCAAGGCA